UGCAGAAACCGAUUGGGAACUCGAGCAACAGGAGACGUUCAAAUCCACAUAUUUCAUUGUUGCAUUAGUACAAAGAUGUCAACUCUCAAAUUGCAGUUGUUGGUGACUCUAAUCACAUUUUCAGGAUGUGUGCGUGCGGUUCAGGUGACAGUGAAGUACGGCCAUGUGAAUGGGACGGAAGGAGGGAGCGCGACCUUGCUGUGCACCUACACAACUUCAGACAGUGACUCGUCUAAUCUGAACGUCCAAUGGUCUUUCGUGCCAAGCCAGUCCAAAUCACAUACGCAGAUCUACUUCUAUGGGGGCAACUUGACGUUUAUAAAUCCAGCCUUCAAAGGCAGAUUAUUGGCAGGACAUAAUCCAGGAAAUGCAUCAAUUACCAUUGAGAAGUUGCGACCCACCGACUCUGGGAAUUAUAUCUGUGAAGUUGAGAAUCCACCGGACUUCACAGGCAAUAACAUCGGAUCAGCAACACUCACAGUUUUCGUUCCACCCUCCAAGCCAAACUGUGGCAUCGUCGCACACCCGGUAAAGGCCAGGUCAGCAAUCCUUACCUGCCAUUGCGAUAAAGGCGUCCCAAGUCCCAGGUAUCGCUGGGUGAACAUGGUAGACCACGUUCAUCAAAACAUUUCUGGUCAUCUUGAUCCAAGGACCGGAAUGUUGACCAUUUCAAAUAUUUCCGAUAAUGAACAUGGUAUUUACAAGUGCAUCGCAUUCAAUAUACUGGGAGAUGAAACAUGCACUGUCGACUUGUCAAAAAUGUCUUCUGAGAAUGAUGGCAUCAUCGGAGGUAUUAUUGGGGCGGUUGUGAUAGCAUCGAUCAUUGGAGUUAUCAUCUGGAUGGUUACAAAGAAAAAUGCAAAGAAAAAUGCAAAGAAAAAUGCGCAAAAAGAUACCGAACUUCAGUCCAAGCAAGAAUCCAAGAACAAUCUGGCCACCUAUGUGGCUGUCCCCACUGAAGCUGCAACUGUGGAAAGUACAAACCAUGUUGAGUCACCAGAUGUGGGCCAAAACAGCACGGACACCCCUGAGCUCCACCAACCUCCGCACGAACAUCUGCCCUUGAGUGAACAUGCUGCUCCAUCGGGCAGCGGGCAAGCAGAAUGCAAGGAGAGUGAGGGAGAUGGUCCACAGGAGACUUAGUUAGCCAGCAGGGUGACUAAUAAUCAGGAGCUAUCAUUUUAUACAAAAAAAAAGAGAAAUGAAGGGUCUCUAAGUAAAACAUCAAAAUAAUUUAUAUUGCAAGCCCAAUAUUAUGAGUGAAUCUGUACACAUAAUAGAAUUUCCUUCCAUAUGUAUUGCCAAUUGCUUCCCAGCCAAAGCCAUUCUCGUUAUUAUUAUGCGUUUUAAAAAUUGGUUCAAGAUAUAUUUGACUUGAGUGCAAAGCAAUGAAUAAUUUGUUGUCCUAAAUUUCCCACCUCAUUGAUGAAAAUACAUCAUUUUGGCACAGUAGACUUGAAGGGCCGAAUGGCCUAAUUAUGCCCCUAGAACUUAUGAAUCAUUUUGCAUUUGACAAGUUUAUUGGGUCAAGGGUGAGGAUGGCUCGCUGGAUCUAGGGAUUCCUCAACUAAGGACGGGGAAAAUAAUCCUUCUUUCAGUCACUACCCAGAGAUCAGUCCUUGUACUGGAAUCUUGAACAAUAAACAAACUAUUGGAAGAACUCAACAGGUUAGGCAGCAUCUGUGAAAGGAAAUUCAUCAGUUUGAUGAAGGGUCAGGACACAAAACCUUAUCUGCCCAUUUAUUUCCACAAAUGCUGCCUGAACCGCUAAAUUCCUCCAGCAGUUUGCUUGUUGAUCAAUACUUUUACAUUGAGAAAUACAAGGAGCUGCAGAUGUUGGUUUACUAUAAAAGACAAAAAGUGCUGGAGUAACUCGCUGGGUCAGGCAACGUCUCUGGAGAACAUGGAUAGAUGACAUUUUGUAUCGGGUGUAAAGUAGAUUUAAAUAUAUCUGUAAGCAGCUUUACACAUGAUAAGAACAAGUAUGGUUUUGAGCCUAGACACAUGCAAUUGACAUUUUAAAUGAAGGCAAUUUGAUUAUUUGUACAGAGCUACAUUGGUUGAGAUUAUGGACUAAAUGCUGGGCAAUUGGAUUAUAAUGGAAGGGUACCUCCCAGACAGCAUGGAUGUGUUGGGCUGAAUGGCCUCGUGCCAUGCUGUAGGAUUUUAUGAUUCCAUGAUUCUAUGAAGAAGGUCAGUGUUGGUCAUAAACCCCUGAAGAUCGGUAGGAAAUUGACAUUCACGGAUACCUAACAAACCACUGCU